AUGUCAUUUUCCACACCCGUGUUCAGACGUGGCAUCUACAAUCCAUACCCGUUUUCAGACUUGGCUUAAAGGCAGAGUUUUGUUAUGAUUACUUACAUUAAAACGCAAACAAAACGUUUUUUUAGCACUUAUUUCGAAUUCGCAUAUUUCCCUUUCUCUCUCAUUCAUUUGGCUCAGAAACGACAAAUACGUUAACAGCUAUUUCGAGAAGGUUGCCGGGAAAAAUGUGCACGCAACAAUCCCGAAAGGAAAGACGGGAUAUGAUCAAUAUACUGUUCCUCACACUGCAGCUGUCGAACCUCACCCGGGGGGGGGACUCCGCAUAUGAAAGUGGUGGGGAUGCUCGUCGUCUCGCUUAAGGGUGUAAAUUUCGGAUUUUGGUCUCGUUUAGGGUGUUUAUUUAGCCGUGAAGGUUUCGUUUAGGGUUGCACGCGAAAAAAUAUAAAAAUAUAUAUUUGAUAUGUGUAUUUUUAAUUAGUUUUAUUUACUCCAUCCAUAUAAUCUAAGUUUUCUCAUUUGUCUGUGUUUUAACAUGGUCUCUUUUGGGGAUCAAAAAAAGCUUGGGCCACGCCCAGAUCGGUCUCCUCUAGGGGUUUAAUUCAAAAUUUCCGACUAGCAUCCCAACCCCUUUCAUAUGGAGAGUCCCCCCCGGGGUUGAAACUACUUUUUUGCUUUCCUUUAGCACUCACAUACAUACAUCCAUGUCCUCUCGUGCCAUCCUUUCAAAUUUCUUUGAAGAACAGUGAACUAAAAACCACCCACAAUACCCUUCGCGAUUGUCGCGUGCACUUUUUCCGACAACCUUUCUCGAAAUACACAGCUGAAUACACAGUUCCCUAGAAAACUAUACUCGAUUCCAGACCAAAAUAAGCAAAAUGUAUACCAGUUUUCAAACUGAAGAGGCGCAGAAACAUGUUUUAUCGGCCUAAACAAGCAAGCAAGCAUUUCAGACGGAUGAGAAAAUUCUCGCGCAAGGCCACCGAUAUUUUUCUGUUAGAUUUCUCGGUUGAAAAAUAACAAGUUACUAGCCAUUCAAUACUAAUUCUGCUAAUUGUGCAACAUUGCCUUGCGUAGCCUAAGAAAUCCUCUUCGGUUGCCAACAAUGCAAAGCGCAACUGGAAGUCAUUAGUUUCGUUUUGCGUUUUAAGCUGCAUAUGGUCGAAGUACCGGACAACAAAUUAGACGUCGUUCGCGUCUGGGCGUCACUGCAGUCGCAUAUUAAAGUUACCAACGCAGCGAAAGCAGAUUCCUAUUUUUGCACUUUGACUUAUCAGCGGCCAUCAGGGGAUAAACAAAUUAAAGACUCAUUUCAGACUUAAUGAGAGCAACUAACCUUCUUUUCUGCAAACUCCGUCUUUUCCUUCUAUUUCUUGCCUAAAUUUGUUUUUUCUUGCUUGAUUGCUGCUUUCACAGGACCAAGAUGGCGGCUUAUGGCGCUGCUGGCGGCGGCUGGCGAAAAAUGGCGGGAAAAUUUCUCCCUAGGGUCCAGAUCGUCGCGGCAAGGAGGAUGCUCGUGUCUUUCAAUAAUAAAGGUCAGUUUCUACAUUUCGCGAAAAUAAUCCAUUUUCGUCUUUGCUUCUUAAGAUUAUCGUAGAAUUUUUCGCUAUAAAAUUUAGGUUUUUCUUCUUCAUUUUGGUAUGUUAAGUUGAUUUCUUCAGCUUUGAUUGAUGUAUUUUAAAAAUUUCAUUUUGCGGUUUUCGUCUUAUAAUUAUAUAAUGGAUCGAGUCAUUUUUCUCGAAAACGAUCCGUGACUGGAAUAAAUUGCUUGAUUUUGUGCGGCCAGCUCCAGGCGUUCACAUAGUAAGGAUCAAAGGCCAGAGAGGAGCAAACACAGCCAAGAUGUCAGGAGGAGGGGGUGAGGGGUGGUGAGCGGUCUCUGUCGUAUCCCUCUUCCUCUUGUUCCCCUUUUGUUUUACCGCUGUCCUUUUCGCGCGCCACUAUCUACCAUGUGAUCGCCUUUUGUGGUGGCACCAAACCAAAUAGCCUGUAAAUUCUUUACGUGCUGAGUCGCAGACGUUCCUCCGCGUGAAACGUCCCAGCGGCGAAGAGCGAGGAGAAACGGAUGUUUUCGCAGGCUACCUAUUGGCCAUUGGUUUUUUCCCCCUCUUCCUAGUAACAAUCCCAGAAGUCAUUGCAAAACUUAACUCGGCCCAGACUCCUCGUUUGUCGAAAGCGUCUCGUAAGAUCGCAUACAAUACAAAACACCACCAUGCGUGUUCAACUGUUUAUUGCUAUAUGGCAAUGGUCCUUAGGAAAUAGUAUGUACUUUUCCCAUGUAUAAUAGGUUAUGAAUGGGGGCUACAACACUUUACAUAGUUUCAGUCAAUUCCAUAACGUUGCAAAUUCAUGACGAAGCUCAGCAAAGGAAAUACGUGUUGAGGGUUACUUAAGUAAUUUUCCUUCCGAUCGGGUGAAAACGUUCGAAAAUAGUAAGAAAGAAAACGAAGUAGGAAUAGGAUGAGUUGCCAUAACUUUCAAAGCCUGCUUCGUCUGGGUUGCCCGCUCACCCUGUUCAGUGUUAAUAAGUCACACACGAGGCAUUUACCUUGUGAGAAAAAGAACUAUCAUUAAAUCGUUUAUAUAUUACACUAAUUAAUCUAUAGGUUUGAGCAAUGUGUUAAAAACUUUCAAAACAUUACGACUGUCCAAUCAAUAUGAGUACAAUAAAACCCAUUUGCGCGUCGGUCGUAGAAUAUGCACUAAUGGAAUUGACUUUAACAAUAGUAUACAAAGAACAAAAGUAAAUAGUCACACUGCAGAUAGAUACCUAAGCCUGUCUAUAUCCACACCAGCCAGUUAAAACAGUCUUCUGAACGUAAUAGAUGCAAACUCCACACGAGAACGUUCCAUGUCAUAUGACUGGUCACGUGACCUACUGCAGUCGCCAUCUUCAAAAAGACCUUAACGAAGCCUCGACAGAUAAAAGGUAUAACCUGUCUUGUGCAAUAAAUUCAGUUUCGUGAUAUGCACCUGCCUGAGGAACUUACCACUUCAGAGGAUACGAAAAUAUCCGUUUAAGAUCGAUAGCUGUAAACGCGUUCAGCUUUAUGUAACGGACGCGUGUGGACACUGGCUAAAAACAACGCAAAAUAGAAACUUUAUAAAUUGUCACAAGCUACUCAAUAUUUAAUAGACGAACUAUGAAUAAUGAUAUAGAUUACACCUUUUUAUCAAGUCCUACAAUUAAACAGCAAAAAACAUUACUACAAAAUAAACCACGGCUUCACUUGGUGGAGCCGUCCACUACAAAAUUGGCUGCUUUGCUACUUCAAUUCUACAUUUUGUUCUACGCAAUAGCAAAUUAUUUUAUGAAAAUAAUACUUGCUUAGAAAGAAUAUUUUUUUUAAUUAUUUAAGCUACCAACUACGUCAAGCAUUUCAUCUGCAAAGAUUUACAAGCUGUUAAAGGCGCAGAAACAAAUGCUCUUUUGACAUACCAAAGUGAAAAUCAUUUUCCUCAAAUGAAACCUGAUUCAAUUACAUGCAGAUCUCCAAGCAAAAGACAAAGUUCACGGCAGUGCUAUUCAAGAAUUGGUUUAAAAUAAAUCUCCACAUUUUUCGUUUGACUAAAAUUUUUCAUAUAGUGCUUGAUUUAAAGACAGUGAAUAAUAGAGUCAGGCUUUACCAUAAGUCAUUACUAAAAUAGGUUAUGAUGAAAAUCGCAAACAUUACAGCAUGCUUCAAAAUAUAUAACACGAGUCAUUAGUUGACCAAAACAUUUUACUGCAGCUUUACAAACACAGGUUGCAGAAGAAAUGACUUGAAAUAACUAGUUCAGCAAAAGCAUCUUUAGGUCUCUAUAUUAUGUUUAACUGCAAUCGCAAUAUGAGCUCAAAAAGUGAAGUGUAUAACGAGGAGUAAAGAUUUUAAGGUACAACAAAUAUUGUUAAAUGACACGCUAUAUCCUUUGUCGAGUAAGGUACCUUUGAAGAGUAUAAUAUUAUUUCUUAUUAGAAGGAUACGUAUUGUGUAAGAUGUAAUGCACCUUGCCGGCGCACUACUAAUUCCUAUUUCUACCUAAAUUAAUUGCGUGUUAUCCACAACAGCAAUAUAACCCUUUAGAUCUCAAUAGAGGUUGUGAAAAAAUUAAAAUUCAAGUAAACUUCUAAAUUACAUUUUGAAUUUUGAAACGGUGUUGAAGAGGUUUCAUUUGAUUGAUCACAUCAUGGGAUUUUGUCCAGGCUAAAAAAUGAAGCCACUUUUAACAGCAACACUACACUACAGUACCACAGAAAAGCACUGCUCAGUAACUUUCAUUUGAAUGGUAACACAAUAGGAUUUCGUCCACAGAUUCAAAAGUUAGGACCACCUUGUACAGCAUAAUAAACAGUACCAUAGGAAAGUACUGCUCAGUAGCUUUCACUUGAAUGGUCACAUCAUAGGAUUUCAUCCAUGGACUCAAGAGUUAGAUCCACCAUGUACCGCAUAAUAAACAGUACAAUAGGAAAGUACUGCUCAGUAGCUUUCACGUGAAUGGUCACAUCAUAGGAUUUCAUCCAUAGACUCAAAAGUUAGAUCCUCAUGGGAUUUGUCAGCAGACUCAAUCUUUAAAUCCACAAUAAUUGAAAAUGGAAGUCAAAUCGUUAACACCAGCGUUGUGCAAAUUAAAAUACCACUAAAAGUCAUCUUUGGUGAUCAACUCCUAAAUUCUCAUGAAGUUACAGUAGGAUUAAGACUGUCAAACACUAUUGGGAAAUAAAGGGUUAAAAUUGUAUUGUGAAAAAUAAAUUAUUACAGUGACACCCUGUAACAUCAACUCAACUCAGCUCCAUCCUACCAUUUUCAUUUCCAGCAUUUAAUAUCUCCAAACCAAACAAGAAGUUAAUGUGAAGGCUUAAAACCAACAAUUUUGGAAAUUCCCAUUACUCUGAUGUUUCUUUACUGAUUUAGGAUAUGACGUGAUCCUAAGAGGAAUGUCAAGUCUUGACUGGUUACGAAUGCCUUGGUGA